AUGCUCUUCGAUCAGGCUUUUUCCAAGUCUCGAGCUGAGCUUGCCCGAUGUGAAGAUGAGCUCAGGAAGCUUAUGUCAGAGAUGGACGAACUUAAGGUUUUCUAUGCCAAAAGAGAGGGGGAACUCAAUGAUCUUCGAGCUAGUUCUGUAAAGGCUUCCCAAUUGCGGACAGAGCUUGUCAAAAAGGCUGACCGGGUGGAGCAGCUUCGGGAUGAGCUUAAGACCAAAGAGGUUGUAACCCUUGAGUGCAAGCAAAAUAUGGACCGAUUAGCCUCUGAAAAAGAUAAUCUUCGGGAACAGCUGGCCUCGGCCGAGAGUCGGCUUUGGAGUGCAAAGGAAGAGGGUCAUAAACUUAAUGAGCUUCACAUUGAGGCGGCCGCUGAGUUAUCUAAGGUUAAGUCCGAAGCUGAUACGUUCGUGUCUUCUUACCAAACGGAUGUUGCAGCUGCCAAUGCACGGGCUAGGGAGAUAUCUGCUGCAGCUGAGCUUAAUUUAUCUUUCACCGUCAACCAUGCUCGGCUGGAAUCUCGAAGGCAUACUCUCGAGGAAGUACAUGCUAAAGGCUUUGACCUUUUUGUAGAAAUUGAGAAGGUGAAGGCUCUGGAAGAAGAGGCAGCUGCACUGCUUUCUACUGAUAAGGAUUCUGUCAGCGGCUCCGAGAGUGGGGAUGAUGAAGGCGAAGUCCCUGAGGGAGAAAAGGCCCCCAUAAAUCAGGCUGCCGAAGGUCAAACCACCGAAGAUGUAGUUUCGGUAGAUACUGCCCCCGAGCGAGUGACCCCGACGGUAGACUAG